AUGGCUCGAAGGCACUAUCGCCAUCAUCAUCGCAGAUCAAAAGUAACUCGAGUUGUUAAUCUUGUUAAACGAAUUAUUGCUUUCUUCUUCUCACAUGUUGGUUUAUGCGCUUUGGUAGUAGGUUAUGCUUUAUUAGGCGCUGUCGUAUUUCGAGCCGUUGAAGGUCCACACGAAACUUUUAUUCAAAGCGAAGUUACUACAGCGAGGCAGAAAGCUGUUAAUAUAGCUUGGAAUGCCACAUUCAGAGUGAAUAAACUAGAUCGCAAUAAAUGGGAGCGAACGGUUCAUUCACAAGUUAAGAAUUUCCAACAUAAAUGUAUUUGGGCGAUCAAACGAGGAUAUGAUGGAAAAGAAUAUGGCUUAUCAGCACAAUGGACAUUUACUGGUGCCUUUCUUUAUUCCCUUACCGUUAUUACAACAAUUGGCUAUGGCAAUACAUCUGCCAAAACAUAUUUUGGGAAAACGUUGACAAUUCUCUUCGCUAUUAUAGGAAUUCCACUAAUGCUUCUAUUCUUAACAAAUAUUGGCGAUAUAAUGGCUAAAAUAUUUCGUUUUCUUUAUGCACGAUCUAUUCGCUUAAAAUACCGACUGAUUUUGUGGCAUAAACGUCGUAAAGCAGCCGAACUUCGUCGUGCGAAUUCUCUAAUGUCGCGAUUAACACGAACGGAUUUAGCCUUCGAUUCUCUUGGCGCAGCACCUGAUAUGCAUGAAUUUCUCACUGCAAGAGCGCAGCUCGAUCAAAUUGAGGUGAAGGAAAGUGUUGAGGCACAGUUACAACGUAUUUCAGUACCAUUAAGUUUAGUCUUUUUGACAAUGUUUGCUUAUUUAGUCACUGGUUCAAUACUUUUUUGCUUAUGGGAAGAAUGGACUUUCUUGGAUAGCUUUUAUUUCUGCUAUAUAUCAUUAACAACUAUUGGCUUUGGCGACAAAUUUCCUGGCGCUUCAGUUGGGAAUGAUAAAGAUGCUCAAGAAAAGUUGGUAAUUACAUCAGUUUAUCUGUUAUUUGGAAUGGCUUUAUUGGCGAUGUGUUUUAAUCUUGCACAGGAAGAGGUUUAG